GAGGUGUACUGCCGUUUGCCCCAGCAAAAAGGCACCAAAGUGAUCGCGCAGUGAUCCACUAAGCCAGUGACGGGCUCGAGAAACGUCAAGAAAAAAGAAACACACGCACACAGUAUGGCCGCAACGUCGGAAGUGACGUCCUGUGGUCCUGGGAGACCACCACCAUUAAUACGAAAGCGGACACCGAGCCGGGGGAGAUCAUGCCAGAACCGAUGGAUGCAGCUCGGUGUGGUUUGGGUGGCGUAUCUGCUAGCGUUACUCACCGUUGGACAGUUUGGCAGUGUGCAGGGCGAGAAAACGAAGACAUAUUACAUGGAAUCGAUCUGUAAAAAUCAUUUUCUACAGUUACUUUAUAGAAAAAUAGAUGGUGCUACCCUUCUGUCGAGGAACGAGAGAAACCUAAACUGUGUGGUCACGUUUCAAACGCACUCCAUACUGCAGAGAUUUAUGUUACGUUUCGAUAUGCUACAACUAGACUGUAAUGAUCAUUUGUAUGUAUAUGACGGUGCACACGCUGUCGGUACGCAUAAGGCGGACCUGACCUGCAAGGACACAAAACAAUCAGUGGGAGCGUUGUUCACGAAGACGAACUUUCUCACCUUCAAGUACGUGACCGACAACUGGGGCACGGAGACAAACGGUUUCAAGAUGGUCAUAACAUCCGUGAAAGACUCAAAGCUUAACUGUGCCGACUUCCGGUGUGCGUUACAGGACUUCUGCAUACAUCAGGAUCUUCGGUGCGACGGUGUUAACCACUGUCCGGACGGGUCGGAUGAGGCCGUCGGCCCCAACUGUCCGGGUCCCGAUCAGUACAUCAACACGAUCUUCGGCAUCGAUCUGACGGGGAUCAUACUGAUCGGUGUGACCAGCCUGAUCGUCUUUGGAGCCAUUUUCGGCAUCGCGAUCUGUGUGUACGUGCGCCAUACACGCAACACACCGAACCAGCUAAACUCUUCGAUACAGUUGAACCAGAUGAUCGAAUCGAACGGUUCGUCGAAGCAUCUACAAGGAACUCUGCCGCGGGAAACAACAACACUACCUGCUUCGGGAAACUUGCAUCACCCUGCGGGACCAUUAGGGUACCUCCGCAUUCCACACAAAUUGAUGGCCAAAGUCCGUCCCAUUUGGUGCCUGGCAAAUUAAGACAAUUAGGUCCGGAUUUAUCGCAACAAACCUCACAGAAAGACGAGUGGUUUGUCUGAUGAGCGUACGACAGACAGAAUGACAGCACGAAUGAAUGAUACUAGCAAGCGAGCGCAAGGUGAGAACGUUACGGGUGAGAACGCGACAGACAGAGCGAGCGAGCGAGCGAGC